AUGUCGAUGGGAAGCAGAAUAUUAUCUUCGCUCUUACUUCUAUCAAAGGUAUUGGCAGGCGAUUCCUCGACAACCCCACAACCAUCGCGCCAUCCUGCGAAUCGCCUUCACCCUCGGCCCUCAUUAAGCCCCCAAUCCACUCUUUUCUCCCCCUUCAUCUGCGCCUCCAUCACAGGCCCCUUUGUACUCCCUUCACCGUGUAGCCAAUCGCGCCACAACGAACCCUUCCUCAGCGGAGCCAUCGCAGGCCAUACUCUCCUCUUGAAGCCCUAG